AGGAUAUUUUUCCACCUGCAACACUGACUUGAUAGCGCCUCACUGGGAACAUUUAUUUUUCGUUCACAGCAGUUGACUUUGAAAGCAUUCCAGACAGUGAUAUGAAGUUGAGAGCACUGGCACUUCUAUUCCUUUGCAUUGUUGUGGUCGUAAACGCAAGGAGAAAUGGUAGGCGGCGCCCUCGCUGUGGCCCCGCGGAGCGGCCCACGAGGGUUAUACGGCGCAGGGAACGGUUUUGUAGCCCUCGACUCACCCGACCUCUGCUGCUGAGGAAGCGACGAAGGUGCGUCUGCAAGCGGGGCUUCAUCCGCAACGCCUGGGGUCAGUGCAUCACUCACAGUGAUUGCGACAGCUGCAAACAGUUCCCGCACAUGGACUUCAACGUGUGCGAGUCGGACUGUCCGCUAACCUGCGCCAAGCCGAUCCCGUUGUUCUGCAUCGUUCACUGUGCUCGCGGCUGUGCUUGCCCGCCUGGAUACGUGAUCGACCCCGCGGCGAUCACGAAAGGGUGCGUACCGGCCAAGGCCUGUCCUCCCAGGUGCCCACGAUACUCAAGCUUCCAGCAAUGCGUCUCCACCUGCGAGCCAAGGUGUGACGUACUGCGGCCAAAGAAAUGCGUCAAGCACUGCCAGUACGGUGACUGCGUUUGCGAACCAGGCUACGCAAAGAUGUACAAGGGGGGCAAGAUGCGCUGCGUACCCACGUUCUUGUGUCCGAAGCGAUACGAGGAACUGUACGGGCAGUUUUAUUUUGUUAAUAUUGGGCGUUAGGCGAGAUUAAAUCGACUGUUCCAAGCAUGGCGUGGCGCAAAGUCAGCCAGUGCAGCAUCCUACCACGACGGCAUGCUUCUCCGCACCGCAACAGCUUUGUGCUCCAGUUGGUGUGCAAUGACGACAAUGUUGUCAUCGGAGAAAUUUGUGCAUUCUGCGUUUUCAGCAAAGCAAUAGGCAAACACACAAAACGUUUUUGAGUGGAGGUUUAUAGAACGGGACUGACGCAGCCUAAUUUGGACAGGGCGGUGUAUCCUAUCACUGCGCUGACAGUGGACGAAAUAAAUGUCCCAUGCGGCGUUGCUUUCCAUUGAAAUUAAUGGGCGACGUCGUGUAAAUAUCGAUAUUAUCGACAGGCUUUCUCGUCACCUGUUAGUGUUUUAAUAAAUAGAUAUUUUUCACAAUAA